CGAGACGGAGUCCGAGCCCGAGCCCCGCACUGGGAGCGAGCGGGGCUAGCGGGCUGGGGCCGGCGGGCAGGGGCGGGCCGGGCCCCGCAAUGGCGAUGUUCCGCAGCCUGGUGGCCUCGGCGCAGCAGCGGCAGCACCCGCCGCCCUCUGCGGCCCCAGCCAGCUCACCGCAGCCCCCGACCGGGCCCGGUGCCGGAGGCGAAAGCGGCCUGGAGGCCCAGUACAGCUGCCCCAUCUGCCUGGAGGUCUACUACCGGCCUGUGGCCAUCGGCAGCUGCGGACACACAUUCUGUGGAGAGUGUUUGCAGCCAUGUCUCCAGGUGCCAUCUCCACUCUGCCCACUCUGCCGAAUGCCCUUUGACCCAAAGAAAGUGGACAAAGCCUCCAAUGUGGAAAAGCAACUGUCAUCCUACAAGGCUCCCUGCCGGGGCUGCAGCAAGAAGGUGACACUGGCAAAGAUGAGGUCGCACAUUUCUUCCUGCAUGAAGGUCCAGGAGCAGAUGGCCAAUUGUCCCAAAUUUGUCCCAGUAGUGCCAACUUCCCAGCCUAUUCCCAGCAAUAUCCCAAACAGAUCCACUUUUGUCUGUCCAUACUGUGGAGCCCGAAAUCUGGACCAGCAGGAGUUGGUGAAGCAUUGCAUGGAGAAUCACCGCAAUGACCCAAACCGAGUGGUCUGCCCCAUCUGUUCAGCCAUGCCCUGGGGGGACCCCAGCUACAAGAGCGCCAACUUCCUGCAGCACCUCCUCCAUCGACACAAAUUCUCCUAUGACACUUUUGUGGACUAUAACAUCGAUGAAGAAGCUGCAUUUCAGGCCGCUCUGGCGCUGUCCCUCUCGGAGAACUGAAGGCAGCCGCGGCUGGGCCCAAACCCAAAUCUGUGGUCAAAAGUCACCUUUUCCACAUGGAGGGACAAGAGGCUUGCUCAUUCUUCAGCAUUCCCUAGCAGUUAGGCCUCCCCGUCACCUUUAUUUGAAUUGCACCUUUUUUAAUAAGGUGGAAUCUUUAUUCCUUGCACAAGGAGAGCAGGCCAACCCCAGGGGCCACCCCUCAGUGCCCUCCCACGGGUGGGAAAAGAUUGCUGUGCCUUUGACCAAGUCAGAGGUUCAGUCUGAACGAGGACUUUCACCUCUCUUCUGGCAAAAGGGAAGCUCUUUGUUGGGUGUUGGGAAACCCAGAGGAUCCCUAGAGGGCAGCUGAGUAGACAGAGGAAUGUUUAGCUCUUGAAAAUCUGAGCCUCAAGCCUUGAGCUGUCUUUUUUCCUCCACAGCGAUGUGGCUUUCAUGCUUCUAAAGAUGACUCCGUGGAGAGCCCUAACUCUAUAUUAUUGCUGAUCCAGACAGGUUAGACGUGAGGGACUGGAGAGGUGAGAGAGGAACUUGGCUGAAGACCUGAGCGCGAGGAACGCUUUCCCAAGCCCCAUCCUAACACCUGGCAUUCAGUAAAGUUUCCACCUUGCUCAUUUGGUACCAGCUUUUGUGAUACUUAGAGAUUCUGGCAUUUUUCUAUAUUAACCAGUGUGAUAACCUUUUCACAUUUUAUAGAGCGAGGAAAAAGCAGUUACUCUUCAUAUUGCAAUAUCUGUGUUUGACUAGGAACAAUAGUAUUUUUAUGGAACAUUUAAAAAAAUAUAUUUUUUAAAAAAAAUCAAAAACAAACCUAGGAUAGGAUCAGCAUAGGGGGAGUGAUAGGGAGCCCGGGGAAGCCAGAACCAAAACUGGAAUUAAGAGGGGUUUUUCCACUCGUGCUUGUGUGAUUUUUGAGGUGGCCACGUUCAUUAGAUUAUUUCUAUAUUUUUAAGGUUUUUGUUGUGUCUGUUUACCUUUUGCUAAUAACAAGAAAGAGGCUCCCAGCCCACUGUGCAAGCAGCGAUGCUGCCGAAAUCCCCGGGGCAGGCUUGGCUGCUGGGCUUCUGCGGGCCCGGCCCGACGGACCUUGACCUAGUGCAGACAGCGGAGCGGCUCCCAGGCUUAGGGAAGACCAGAGCAGAGGGGAGAAGGGAAGGGAAGGGGCGGCUCCCUGCUCCCUCUCACCACCUUUCCAAAGAGGCGUGGGGGCGGCCCAGGCCAGGGGAGCCGUGGGAGCCGUGGGCCAGCUUUCCUCAGCAGCACCUGCGCUCAGCAUUGGGGUUUGGGAAGAAGUUCGUUAAGCUUUCUGGUUUGUUUAAUGAUAUAAAUUAUUGUUGUCUUUUUUAAAAAAUAAAAUAAAAAGUUUGAGAGCAUCUUCA